CAACCGCGUGGACGUUCCUCUCUUCCGGCCGCGGCCCCGCGCGCGCCUGCCCCGCGCGGCCUCAGGUGUCCCGUCCGGUCGCUGUCACCUGCCGGGGCCGCGUGGAGGACGCGCGGAGAGUCCGGAGCGGGCGGAGAUGACACCUUUGGCUCUGUUGGCUUCAGAUCUUUCAGAGACUCCUUUGUUGGGUCAUUUUCUUCGCAUUCCGAGCGAAGAUUCUUUCUUGGAGAGGCCCUGCAGCUUGGGAGAUUCUUCAGGAACCAGGCUCUCCUCUUACCCAUCAGGCGUCCCAGGCCCUGGCCCACGUCUACGCCCACAGCGUCCACCUCACCCGGUGAGGGGUCAUGUCUCUGCCUUUGUCAGACGUGAGGAGAUCACACCAGGGUCCUCAACACUGUUGCCUCCAAGGAGAGAGUGUUCAGCUCAAGCCGCACUGUACGUCUCAGGUUUCAGAACAUCCUGACAUUCUGGUUCCAGUUCUGGAGCUGACAAGGACGUAACUUGUGAUCAAUCCACGUACCCAUUUCCACGUUCUCUGAAAGGCCUCGCUGGUCUUUGAGGACGUGGCUGUGAACUUCACCCCGGAGGAGUGGGCUCUGCUGGAUGGUGCUCAGAGGAAGCUCUACAGAGACGUGAUGCUGGAGACCUGCAGGAACCUGGCCUCUGUGGAUUAUUGCACUCAAGAAAGAACAGGUGGAUCAAUUUCUCAGUGGGACAUUUUGGAGAAUGAAGUAUUCAGUGAAGAGAAAAUAGUAAGAUUCACAAGAAAUGAUUCCUGGUCUGUUUUUGGAGAAAACUGUAAAUUUCAAAGCAUUGGAGAUCAGCACCCAGCCCAGGAGAGGCCUGUGAGGAGCCAUUGGGUGGAGAGUCUCCAUGGAAGUAAUGAAGGUGAUGGCUGUGGAGAAACCCUGAACCAGAUUACAGACCUUCCUGUGCCUGAGAGGUGUCCGACCGGAGUUAAACCCGGUGAAUGCACGAAGUGUGGAAAAGCCCUCACAGAUUGUUCUCUCCUUAAGAAUCGGCAACGAUCUCACAUUGGACACAAACAUUAUCCAUGUGAGGAAUGUGGGCAGGCCUGCAGUUGUGUCUCAUGCCUAAGCACUCAUAUGGAAACAUACUUUGUAGAGAAACCCUAUAAAUGUCAGGAUACCGGGAGAGCAUCUAAGAGAUUCAUGAAGAGUCUGGGUAGUAACAAGUCUUUCGAGUGUAAGAAAUGUGGAAAAACUUUCACUUGCCCCUCCUCCUUUCAGGGACAUCUGAGAGUUCACUCUAGAAAGAAAAUCCACACAUGUAAAGUGUGUGGGAAAUCCUUUAUGUAUGACUCGUACCUGACACGACAUUUGAGAACCCACACUGGAGAGAAACCCUAUGCAUGUCAGGAGUGUGGGAAGGCCUUCAGUUACCCUGCAUCCCUGCAAGGACACAUGAGGAUGCACAGUGGAGAGAGACCUUAUGUGUGUAAGGAAUGUGGGAAAGCCUUCGGUUGUGCCAAAUACUUUACUGUGCACAUGAAAACGCACAGUGGAGUGAAACCCUAUGAAUGUACGGAAUGUGGGAAAGCCUACAGCUGUUCCUCCUCCCUCCGAGAACACGUGCGAAUGCACAGUGAAGAGAAACCCUAUGAAUGUAAGGAGUGUGGGAAAGCCUUCAGGCAUCCUCGAUAUUUUCAGAGACAUGUGCGAAUGCACAGCGGAGUGAAACGUCACGAGUGUAAGGAAUGUGGGAAAGCUUACAGUUGCUCCUCGUCCCUUCGAGAACAUUCAAGAACCCACACUGGGGAGAGACCCUUUGAGUGUCAGCAGUGUGGGAAAGCUUUCACUCGUCACUCCUCCCUUCGAGGACACGUGAGAACGCACGGUGGGGAGAGAGCCUAUGAAUGUUCACACUGUGGGAAAGCCUUCCGUUGGCCCUCGUCCUUACAGAAACAUGUGAGAACACACAAUGAGGAGAAGCCCUAUGCGUGCCAGCAGUGUGGCAGAGCCUUUUGGUACCCAGCAAACCUGCGAGCACACAUGAGAACGCACACCAGGGGGAAGCCCUAUGAGUGUCAGCACUGUGGGAAAACCUUCAGGCACCCUGCAAACCUGCGAGUGCAUGUGAGAACACACACUGGGGCGAGACCAUGAAGAUAAAGACUAUGGGAAAGCCUUCAUUCUCCCUUAAAGCCUUGUAACAAACACACUGGAGAGAGAUGAAUGGAAAGAUCGUUGGGAAACCUUAACUGCAGCACCUCACUCAUUUUGUACUGGAAAACUUGGGGCAGGACAGAAGUCUUUCAAUUGUUAAAAAUAUGUUUUUUCUUUGUAAGGUCUCAUCUUUAAUAGGAUUCCCACUGUAUUGAUUUCUAGUUCAUGUUACUGAUAUAAAAUACUGAAUAAUAUUCCUUUAGGACCCCAUCAUCUGUACUACAUGUAUUUUGUUAUCUCAGACUUUAAAUAUCUGUAUAGUUCUAUAAAAGUUGUCUCAUUUCCAUUACCAUGUGUUUUGGACCCAAGGGUGCUAAGUGGUUGUGGUUUUUUGUUUUUUAUUCAUGUGUAACUUGAUAGAAUGUUAGAGAAAAUUAUGUGAUCAUGGUAUGAGACCUGUAUUGCUGAAAUUUCUUUUCUGGUCCAGUGCUGCACAUACCAGAAUUUUCUGACUCGAUAUCUACCCUCCCUCAGUCUUUAUUAUUGAAAGAUGUAUCUUCCACAUUUGUUUAUUGCUGAUGGAUACCACCUCUGUGUUCCUCAGAGGAACUAGCAAUUGUGGAAAUAUGUGGGAAGACGACAGUCCCACCUGAUGAUGUUCAUAAUUUGACCUGUGGUCAGUGUCCUCCAUCUUGGUUGGAAAUUGUCACGAUGCUUUGAGUUCAGAAGAGAGACUUGUGGCAUGAAGAUGGAGCUGGAGUCCAGAGGCUUCUACUGAACUGCGCUGUCACCUUGGGGAAGGUGGGAAACCGUGUGUCCCAGAGUCCUUCUGUGUGUGGCUCUGAGUUAAAGUUCACGAGCAGAGGAAGACACAUGAGGUUUGGAAAGCAGAAGUGGAGAAGCCAUGAUUCUCAGUUCUCCUGUCCCAUCAGGAGACAGAGGUGCAUGGGACCCUAGGAGGCCUGCGUCACAGCACACUUUUCUGACUUCUGGCUCUGCCCAUCUGGAACAGCCCCAACCAAACACCAUGUUUGAUGUUGGUUCCAUCUUAGGCAGCAGGUUCCACAGACUUUCCCACAAGCUCCCCCAUGGUGGACCCUCUGGUUUGCUGGUUCACACGGUUCCUUGCAUUUUCCUUCAGCCCUUUGGUGACUAUCAGGCCACUUCUUCAGGGUCUCACACUUAGUGACCUUCUCUCACCCUUGACCCCCUGCAUCUCCAAUGCUUCUCCUAAUGACUUGAAUUCUGUAGGGAGAAUCUUGUUCUCUACUAGUGGAUCUGUUUCCUGCCUCCACCCUCACAGAUUUAAUGCUGCAGCCACAAAUGCAGGAAACUUCCCUCCCAGGUUGCAUUGUUGAGAGGCUGCAAUAAUCCUGCAUUUCUUGUUUAUGGAUAUUUCCCUGAUUAAAAGCAGCAGUUGUGAAUGUAUCUGGCACUUUAUGAGAGUUUUCUCUUACAGCUGAGUGCUCUCUACAUGAUAAAACCAGUAUGUUUAGUUACUUUCUACUUUUAUAUGUGAUUACCCAGUGUUCUUUCAUUUUUUUGUGUCAUUCAAAACAAUGUACAUUUUUUGGUCAAAUAUAGUUCUCUAGAUUUUUUCUUGGGAAGCACGCAUUACUUUGUUUUUCAAAUCUCUUGUAUACUUACAAGUGUUACGAUGUUUUAUGUUCCAUUAACUGAGAGUAUAUGUUAAAAUAUCCCAUUCUAGAGGAUUAACUUAUUCUUGUAAUUGUGUCAAUUUUUCUAUGUAUAUUUUGGGAUAAUAUUAACAAUGUAUAUACGUUUUCA